AAAGAUUCAAUGUCACAGACAGCGAACAGCCCUUACGAUUCAAUAACAUUUGGCAAAUCACUCCUGUUGCGAGUGGACGGUGCAAUAGGGGCCAUGUCUCUCUCGCCCAAUGGAAGAGACGCUGUCUUAGCUGGUAGAAGAGGACUAUUUAUAAUAGACCUUGAUGACCCUUUCACUACACCUCGAUGGCUCCAUCACAUAACAUCAUGGGAGGUUGCCGAUGUCCAAUGGUCGCCACAUCACCUGGCAAAACCCUCAUGGUGCAUAUCAACGUCUAAUCAAAAAGCAUUGCUUUGGGAUUUAGCUCGGCCUUCAAAUAAUGCUAUACUGAAUGUUUUACAUCAGCAUACCAGAGCAAUAACAGAUAUAAAUUUCCAUCCUUUUGAUCCUGAAAUAUUGGCAACUUGUUCCAUUGACACGUUUAUUUUCCAAUGGGAUAUGAGAACUCCCAGGAAACCAGUGGCUCAAUGGGCCGAAUGGAGAGCUGGAACAACCCAAGUUAAGUGGAAUCAUGCCAAUCCUUAUGAAAUUGCUUCUAGUCAUGAUAAUAAUUUCUACAUAUGGGACUCCAGAAAUGGUUCUUUACCAGUUUUGAAAGUUAAUAAAGCACAUAAUGCCAAAAUUAAUGGAUUGGACUUUAGUAAUGGUAUUUCUAAUAUAAUCACUUGUUCUAACGACAAACUGAUUCGUUUUUGGGAUUUGAGUACUGAUAAAGCAAGAAAUCUUGCUAAUUCUUUCAAUUUUUUCGACGACAAAAGUAUUAAUAGAAGAUCUUUGGACCCAACGGUUAUUAUAAAUACAGAGUUUCCUGUGGCUAGAGCCAGGAACCUUCCCUUUGGUAAAGAUAGAGCUUGUGGUGUCAUGCCUUUAAGAGGAGGUCAAGAUGCAGUUCAUAUUUUGAAUUAUGAUGGAGCUUUUAAUAAGGCAAAAGCUACUGGUAAAACCCAAACAAUUCAAGGCGACCCUAUUCAUUCCUUUAAAGGCCAUAGUGGUCCUAUCAAGGAUUUCUUGUGGAGACAUCAACACGAAAACUAUGAUGGAUUUGAGAAUAAACAUAAUUGGAAAGAAUAUCAACUUGUUACUUGGUCAUCUCAGGACUAUGAUCUUAAGUUAUGGCCCGAGGAUGACUUGUAUGAAAAAAUUAAUUACAACCCUACUCAUCAAAAGAUUCUUGAUGAUUUAAUCAAUGAGGAGCUGGAUUCCGAAAGUGUGGUUAAAUCAAAUGCUCUGAUAUCUGAAAAUAUUGAUGAUGAAUCAGUAGAACCAUCUACUCCAAAUGCUGAAAGAUUUAGUUACAAAUACAAUACUUAUUGCAUAGAGCCACCAGUGACAAUCGAAGACCUCAAAAACAACUCAAGUGGAGAUAUAUUAUCUUCGAUUACCAAAUUCAAGCUAGCUAAAAGUCAUAAGCAAAGUAACGUUUCUCAAUUAAAUCAUUUAGAUUGGAUAUCAGGUGUUCGUAUCGGACAUAUCAAUAACCACGACAAAAAUGCUAGUAUCAAUGAUAGUGAAGACGGACCUACUAAUUUGGGUGAAGAAGUCAGUAUUGUUGGUCAUAAAUUUCCUAAGAUUCGUUUUGAAAAGAUUUCUGUUUCCACUGGCCAUUUGGUAGUUAGUUUAAGAGGGCCGGUUCCCGUAAUUGCAUCAAAUAAUACCCAUAAAAAUUCAGCUUCAGACUCUAAUGCAAGCGGUACCGAAGAAAAUACCGUAAUUGAUAAAGAAGCAAAACGUGAUAGUAAAUCAGAAACAAUUCCAGCUACUUCAACAACUACUAAUAUGCCUGGUCUGGGAUCAGUAAAUCAUAAUAAUUCAAUUCAAAACAGUGAAGAUAUUACUUCUACCCCAGCAAAUACGUCAACGGUUAUAAAUAAUGAGGACACUGUCACUGAGCAAAAACUUGUAUUUAUCAGAUUAGAAGUGAAAUUCCCUAAAAAUUACCCUUAUCUCGAAGAACUUGGAAAGGUUUCUUCAAGCAGAAGAUUUUCAAAGUUACAAAAAAGCAAUACAAUCAAAUUUGAUAUUGAAGAGACUCAUGAAUUAAACUUAUCAAUAAAGAAGGACAUGUUGAAACACCUUGAAGAAAUUGCAAAUUUUUUCACUAAUAAAUACAAGAAAUUCUGCCUAGAACCAUGUUUAAGGUAUUUAUUGGGUGAUAAAAUAGAUUUGUCGGACUCUUUGAUGCUAGAGAAUACACGCACUGAAAGUAAUGAUGAAAAUGGUGAAUCAGAAUUAAUACAAGAAAUUGGAACUGAAGGCUGGGCGGAUGACUUAAUUAAUCAACAACCUGAUGUUGACUAUAAUGCUAUGAAAGAUGAUUCAUCAUCUUCUGAAGACGAAGAUGAAGAUGAUUUGAUUCCAGUUAUAAACGACAAUUUGGCUGGAAGUGGAGAACUCAAUGGAUAUGAUAAUGGAACUUCCCUUAAUGAUAAAGGAGGGAUAAAUGAAGGUACAAGUGACGCACCACUUAUGAAUACCUUUGACUCAACACCGAUUCCUAAAGGUUGCGGUGCUGUUUGGUCUAAUACUGGCCAACUUGUUUGUUUCCUUACCAAAAGAAAUAAUGAACCUGAUAAAACUGUUCAAAGAUUUAAAUUUUCUGAAGGUGGGUUCACGUUGAAAAAUAAUGAUGCUUCAUCAGAAAGUAGUGAAUCUGAUUCGGAUUUGGAAAGUGAUGGAGUUGGCCAAACCGAGUCUUAUUUAUAUAAUGGAUCAGACAAUGAAUCCAUCACUUCAUCUUCCUCGGACGAUAGUUUCACCAAGGAUUGGGAUGAAAUUUUUCAAAAUGACGUUCCUUCCCGGUCAAGAAUACCUGGCUUGUUCAAAACAACGGUUGGCUUGGGCAAUAGAUUCAUUUCACAUGGAAAUAACAAGUCCUCGUUAAACAGACUAACCAGUCAAGGUGGAACAGCAUCAAACUAUAAAUCAUCAGCUCAUGGUGAUAUUACAUUAGAUCAAAAUAAUUUACUGAAGAAGAGAAGCCGUCGUCAUAAUCGCAAAAGUGCUAAUGUUGUUGGUAUUUUUGAUUUCCGGCAUUUAAUUCCUGAUAAGUAUGAGUUGGCCUGUGAGUAUAGAGUAUUAGGCGAUUCUCCGGAAAACUUGUCAAGAUACAACAGUGCAGUCGCUUUGAAAUAUGGGCUUAAGGAAAUCAGCGAUGUUUGGAGAAUUCUUGAAAUGAUUUUAAUAAAAGAUGUGAAGCUUAAUGAAAUUCAUCCUGUUUUUAGAGCUCCACUUGGGAAUCAAUAUAACGAAAAAAGUACUGAAAUGAGCCAUUUGCUUCUGACAUCGGAUUUUGGGAGAAAAAUCUCUAAUAACGAACACUAUAGGUUCUACUGGGGGACUCAUCCUUUUGGGCAUACUUGGUUAAUUGAACAAAUUUUCAAAUAUUUUGAAACACAAGGGAAUAUUCAAAUGCUUGCUAUGUUGUCAUGUAUCUUAUUUGAGAAUACAUCAAAUAUCAAAAAGACUGAUGUUAACAUGCCAAACAUACCAAUUAACACACCCUAUAAGGCUAACCCUCCAAUACCCUCAAUCGUUGAUUUAAAAGGUUUUAAUUCAUUCAAUCAAGAAAACGAUGAAAUGUUCAAUAAUGAAAUUUUUCGUGAAUCCUUGAGUGAUAUCAAACUCGAGAGUAAAUAUGAAAAUCACAGAAACUCUACCAUUUCAAACAAUCGUAAAGGAAUUAGUGAAGUUAUGGAUCAUGAAAGAUCUAUUGGCUCUUCUAUAGAUGUGCCAAGUUUCAAAGACUACUCACCUGAUAGACACUCCUCGCUCAAAAGAAAUAUUCAACAUCAAUCAUUGACACCUUUCCUGGAUUUAUCACCUGCCAAUGAAUAUAGUUUAUUUCCAUUCAGAGGGAAUCAAAAACAAACGAGACAAAUUCGUAAAAAUUCGACCCAAUUGUUUCCUGGAUCAUCAAAGAAACUGAGAGCAAUACAGCUGAAGAGACAACAAAUCGCAAAUUCAUUCAUCAAAAACAGGAUCAGACCUCCACCGUUAGUUACAAUUGAAAUGAUGAAUGCUGAAUCUCUCGAUUUAUAUGAUGAUAUGUACACAUCUUUAUUAUUGAAUGCCCAAGACUUUGAGAAAAUAAAAGUAUACCGAGAGCAUUAUGCAGAAAUGUUGUUCCUGUGGGGUUUGCCAAUCAACAGAAUUAAGAUUUUGAAGUUUAACUACCCAAAUACUGAAGAUGUUGAUCCGGUUUCGAAUAAAUCUUUAUUUGAAGUACAUAGCUUGAAAUUUGGUUUAAGGGCCGAGAGCAGAAAAGUUGGCUUAGACAAAGAUCAGAUUGUUCCUUCUACCACGAUUCAAACUGCAAGAAACAACCCAUGGAAUACAGUCAAACGAAAUGAAUUGAAAAGCUGUUCAUUAUGUAAUUUAAUUGUCAACAAAAGAGUUGUUGUAUGUACCAGCUGUGAACAUGUAAUGCAUUCUGAUUGUGCAGUUGAGUGGUGGACAUUGAAUGAAGGUGCUGAAGAGUCUGAGCAGGAAUGUCCUAGUGGAUGUUCGUGCAGAUGUUUAGAUUACCAUGUAUAAAUAUUUGUGUAGUAGUAUUGUAUUAACUAUAUAUGUAUAUAAUCAAAUUAAGGUUGACGAGUGUUAACAAUUUGGUCUUUAAACUUUUCAUUCCAUUCAACUACAAGCUUGUCCAAGUAGGCAACGAUAUCUUCAGCCCCAGUUGUAUCUAUCUCAUCACGAGCCAAAUACUCUUUCCCACUUCUGCCAGAUAAAGAACCCAAUUUU